AGUCGUCUUUCUGUGUUUGUUGCUCAGAAGAACUAAAUCGGGAGAAAAGUAUAAAAAAGAAGAGAAAAAGGGGGAUAUCAGCUGGCAUAAACACAGAGCGUGAGUUGUUGGGGUGGGGUGAAAGACAAUUGUAGAAAAACUCGCUUUUUUGGGAGAGAUCAUUGUGGUAAGAUUCCCAAAGAGCGGCGACUCUUCCACAACCCCUUAUGGCGGGCAGUAAUGAAGUAAAUGUCAACGAAUCAAAGAGGGUGGUUCCACUUAAUACAUGGAUCCUUAUAUCCAACUUCAAGCUUGCUUACAACAUGCUUCGGCGGCCUGAUGGUACAUUUAAUCGGGAAUUGAACGAGUUUCUUGACCGGAAAGUGACUGCAAAUGCUAAUCCAGUAGAUGGGGUUUACUCCUUUGAUGUUGUAGAUCGUGCCACGAGCCUGCUUAACCGGGUUUAUUUGACCGCCCACGAGAAUGAGCCUCAACGGGGGAUCGUAGAAGUGGAAAAGCCCUUGAGUACCACUGAGAUUGUGCCUGUGAUUAUAUUCUUCCACGGUGGAAGCUUUGUUCAUUCCUCAGCCAACAGUGCUAUCUAUGACACGCUCUGUCGUCGCCUCGUUAAUACUUGCAAGGCAGCAGUUGUAUCUGUGAAUUAUCGUCGAUCGCCAGAGCACCGGUACCCGUGUGCGUAUGAUGAUGGAUGGACCGCUCUUAAUUGGGUUAACUCGAGAUCAUGGCUUCAGAGUGGGAAGGAUCAGAGAGUUCAUAUAUAUUUGGCAGGCGAUAGUUCUGGUGGUAAUAUUGCGCAUCAUGUUGCUGUUCGAGCUGCGGAGGAGGGGGUCGAAGUAUUGGGCAAUAUUCUUCUUCAUCCUUUGUUUGGUGGGCAGGAGAGGACAGAAUCUGAGAAAAAAUUGGAUGGGAAAUACUUUGUAAGGAUUCAAGAUAGAGAUUGGUACUGGAGAGCGUAUUUACCAGAAGGAGAAGAUAGGGACCAUCCUGCGUGUAAUGUGUUUGGCCCCAGGAGUAGAAGCCUCGAGGGACUAAAAUUUCCAAAAAGCCUUGUUGUUGUGGCUGGAUUAGAUCUUCUUCAGGAUUGGCAAUUGCGUUAUGUUGAAGGGCUAAAGAAAUCAGGGCAAGAAGUGAAACUCCUUUAUCUCGAAAAGGCAACAAUUGGGUUCUAUUUCUUGCCGAACAAUGAUCAUUUCCAGUCCCUGAUGGAUGAGAUGAAAAGCUUCAUCCACCCUUAACUUCUAAUACAAACUCCCAAUUACCGGCAGCCAUACGUAACAGAAGCUUGACCUUUUAUAUUUUUCUUUCUCAGGGUUCUUUUCUCCCACGCCUCCUCGAUUAGCAGUUCUGGUGUGUAGUUAUAUGCUUGUGUAGAAUCACUCCUUUCUGUUGUUGAUAACCUGUCAUUUGUGUUGGCGAUACGAUAUUCUCCACCUCUUGAGGUAUUGGCUCCUCACAUUUGAAGGCAUUCCAUAUCGGAAGCUCAGUCAUUGUGGAACCUCAGAAUUGUGGCACAUUCAUGGUUUUAGCAGAGCAACUUCAUCUCAAGGUUUCUCGAUACCGACUAAUACCAGAGGAGGUCGUCAAUUCAUCAUAGGACUAUGGGGUUCGUAUGCGGUGGUGCCUGAUCGGUUGUUUCCUCGGCUACUACUGUGAUUAAGUCUACUAACUCAACACAUGGAUUGGGGUAAUCCAUGCUGUUGUGAUCUGUAUUUUUUAUACUGGUGCUCUAGAAAUAUAUAAGUUUUCGUGUUUAUAUGUAACAAUGCAAACUUUUCCCUCUAUGUUAUACUAAUUCUAUUAUGGUUCUUUUUUUGCUGAAA